AUGUAAAAAUAAAAUCUUAAGGAAUUUAGAUAGCCUGUAAAUAUAGAUUCUUCACUAAAUUGUUUUAAUAUAAAAUUAGUGAUUGAAAUUGUACUUAAUUGCUCCUCAGACAACUAAAUUUAUUCAAUACAAUUAAUCAAUAUUUAAAUAAUUAUAGCUUAUUAAUUAUAAUUGCUUUUUCCUAUUUAAACCAAAUUAUCAUAAAUAAAAAAUGGAACACUUACUCUUUCAAUAUAUGCCUAAUAUUUUGAAAAUUAUUGA